ACAGUGGGUGGAUGCGUUGUUUUCGCUGAUUGGUGCUGAUUGUAUUUGUAUUGAAAUUCUAGUGUCAUAUCAAGAAGUAUAUUAGAGUAAACUAACCGAAUAAAGAAGAGUAGGCUAUGAAGAUUUAUAAUAUUCAUAGUAAGCACUAAGCAGUUUCCAGAAGAAUCAGGAGGAUUGUGCCUAUUGCUAUUUUAGCACUGUUGUAUAUGCAAUAGUUAUUUUCUGUGUUGUGUUGUAACAAGAUAAUCUGUAAUUUUUUGAAUAUUUACGUCUGCAUUCUAAUUAUUCUUAAUUAAAUUGAGAUUGGACCUUUUAAUUGACUUUCGCUGAUCUUGAUUACCAACUGUACCUACUCGUAAAAAAAUAAAAUGUCUGAAAACAAUGAACCUCCACCACUUUUUGAUAAUGUAGAUAUUUUUGAUAAGGAUGAUGACAACGAUGAUUUAUUCACUUCUGCAGUUGAUGAUUUUGGUCAAGAGAAUAGUCAGCCUGCAAAACCUAUGUUAACAGAACUUCCCAAACUUCAACUUAAUUUUGAUAAAGACCAGCAACCAGCACCUACUCCUGUUGAAGAUUUUGACUCUGAUGAAAUUAAACUGCAGAGUCCAGAGCCAGCCACUAAAAAAGUACUACAGAUUAUGUCAGCUGAAAAUGCUGAGAAAGAAGGCGGAGAUCAGUUCUUGGAGAUCAGAGUGUCUGACACCAAUCGUGUCGGGGACGGCAUGGCGAGUUAUAUUGCUUACAAAAUUGAAACGCACACCAACAUUCCAUUGUUCAAAAAGAAAACUUCCUGUGUCCAGAGGCGUUUCAGUGACUUCCUUGGACUCCAUGACAAACUGGUAGAAAAAUACCUGCGGACUGGUCGGAUAAUACCGCCAGCACCGGAGAAAAAUGUUAUGGGAACAACCAAGGUGAAAAUGUCAGCCCAGAAUGAGCAAGGCUCCUCAUCAGAGUUUCUUGAACAGAGAAGGGCUGCUCUGGAGAGGUAUCUGAUUCGAACUGCUGCCCAUCCCACGUUCAAGGGGGACCCAGAUUUCCGAGAGUUCCUAGAAUCAGGUACUCCAACAUUUUCCACCAGAAAAUCUAGCUAGCAUGGCCAUGCACGA